AUGCCAUCAACAAAAGCCCUCGUCAGCGGGCUAUCCCUCCUCCUCCAAAUCCCAACAACCCAAGCCACAGCAACAGACAUCAACCACAUAAACCCACUAAUCGGCUCAACAGCCGGCGGAAACGUCUUCACCGGCGCAAGUCUACCCUACGGCCUCGCCAAACCCGUCGCCGACGUCGACGGCCAGAAUACAGGCGGUUUCUCGACGGACGGGAGUAACGUUACUGGAUUUUCGUCGCUUCAUGAUUCCGGCACCGGGGGGGAAUCCUUCCCUUGCGAGGAUGGGGGGAUUGCUGAGUGUGGGUUUACCAAAGAGCGCAGGAAGAGAGGGUAUAAGCUUGAUUCUGUGAAGGCUGAGCCGGGGUUUUUUGGAAUUGAGUUGGUUGAUGGGUUUAAGGUUGAUAUGACGGCUGCUAGGAGGACGGCUGUUUAUAGGUUUUCGUUUCCUUCGUCCGGUGCAGAGGGAGAUGGAGCGGUGUCGACUGAUCCAGUUAUCUCGAUUGAUCUGACUGAUCUCUGGGAGUCGAGGCAAAAUGCCAGUAUCUCUGUUGAUGUGAAGAAUGGUCGUGUCAAGGGUAAUGGGACAUUUCUGCCUAGUUUCGGCGCCGGGUCAUAUCAGACCUAUUUCUGCGCUGAUUUCGUGGGCGCCCGGGUUAAGGAUGGUGGUAUUUGGGUGAAUGAUCGCGCGGGCAGUGAACCGAAGGAGUUAUUCGUUACGAGGGGAUUCAAUAACUUCUACCUCCAGGCUGGUGGGUGGAUGAGUUUUGAGCAACCGGAUGAGGGGGAUACGAUUACUGCUCGAGUUGGUGUGAGUUUCAUCAGCACCGAGCAAGCCUGUUCGAACGGCGAAUCAGAAGUUCCCAAUAUCGAGGGCGAUUUUGAUAAAUUGCGCGACGAGGCGAAGAAAGCCUGGGGCGAGAGAUUGAGUCCUAUCAAAGUGACGCCCGGGAAUGGUGUUAGCGAUGAUAUGCUGAGUGCCUUUUGGAGCGGAAUUUAUCGAACUAUGCUCUCGCCGCAGGAUAUGACUGGGGAAAAUCCGCUAUGGGAGAGCGAUGAGCCCUAUUUCGACUCGUUUUAUUGUAUUUGGGACGCAUUUCGAGCUCAACACCCUUUUCUCACAAUCGUUGAUCCGCAGGCUCAGUCGCGGAUGGUUCGCAGUUUGAUCGACACGUAUAAACAUGAGGGCUGGUUGCCGGAUUGUCGAAUGUCGUUGUGUAAGGGCUGGACGCAGGGUGGGUCUAAUGCCGAUGUUGUUCUUGCGGAUGCUUAUGUGAAGAACAUCACCGGGAUUGACUGGGAGCUCGCGUACAAGGCUAUGGUCAAUGAUGCGGAGAAUGAACCCCUUGAGUGGUCUUAUGAAGGACGGGGUGGUCUUCAGAGCUGGAAGAGCUUGAAUUAUAUCCCGUUUCUGGAUUUCGAUUAUCUCGGUUUCGGGACUAACUCGCGCAGUAUUUCGAGGACGGUCGAGUAUGCUUAUAAUGACUAUUGCUUGUCCGUUGUGGGACAGGGCAUCGGGAAAGAUGAUCAUACGAAAUAUCUCUCCCGUGCUGGGAAUUGGAGAAAUAUUUACAAGGAGGAUCAGACUUCCUUUCUUGAAAAUGGGACCGAUACAGGAUUCACGGGAUUCUUUCAACCGAAGUACAUGAAUGGUACUUGGGGAUUCCAGGACCCUAUUGCGUGCAGUGCCUUGGCAUCGUGGUGCUCGCUAACAUCGAAUCCGUCUGAAACCUUUGAGUCCAGUAUUUGGGAGUAUCUGUUCUAUGUACCACACGACAUGGCAAACCUGAUCGAACUCGUCGGCGGCCCAGACACCUUUGUCAAACGCCUGGACUAUUUCCACAAUUCCGGGCUCGCAGAUAUUGGAAACGAACCCGUCUUCCUAACUGUCUACGAAUACCACUACGCCGGCCGCCCAGCCCUCUCCACCAAGCGGGCACACAACUACAUCCCACGCACAUUUAACGCGAGCAACAACGGCCUCCCCGGUAACGACGACUCCGGAGCAAUGGGCUCAUUUCUGGCAUGGAGUCUGAUGGGUUUAUUCCCUAAUCCAGGCCAAAGUGUCUACCUCAUCAGCCCGCCAUUCUUCGAGGCCGUUGAGAUCACACACCCGGAAACGAAUAAGACAGCUACCAUCCGCAAUAUCAAUUUCGAUUCGAGUUAUGAGAAGAUCUUUGUUCAAAGUGCUACACUUAAUGGAAAGCCCUAUACUAAGAACUGGAUUGAUCAUGCUUUUUUCACGGAGGGUAUGACGCUUGAGUUGACUCUAGGCGAGGCGGAGAGUGAUUGGGGGACGCGGAAGGAGGACUUGCCUCCCAGCUUGAGCGAUACUGUUGUUCAAAAUGGGAUGCGUCGUGCAUGA